UAUGAACGGAGUUUAUCCUUCUAAAUGGAAGCAGACAUAUAUUGUCCCUAGAUUUAAAUCCGGCUCAAAAUGUGAUGUAAAAAAUUACAGGCCAAUCAAUAUAACGUCUGUCUUGUCUAGGAUACUUGAGAAGAUAAUCAGUACCAAAAUCACUGACUUCUUAUUGACUGAAAACCUCAUAACACCUUCUCAACAUGGUUUUAUAAAGUCCAGAUCAUGUAUGACUUGCCACCUGGAACUAUUCGAUUUUAUAACUGGACUUAUUGAUCAAAAAUUCCUUGUGCUCAUUGUGUAUAUCGAUCUUAAGAAGGCAUUCGACAAAGUAUGUCAUGAUUUACUCCUGAAAAAACUUAAGGCUUAUGGUAUAUCUGGCAAUCUAUUAGACUGGUGUAAUUCGUUUAUGCGUGGUCGGUCCCAGUCUGUUAAGAUUAAUGACACUUUUUCCAGUACCACUCCUAUAUCAAGUGGCGUAAUUCAAGGUAGUGUACUAGGACCUCUCUUCUUUCUUAUAUACCUAAAUGACGUCUGUAAUGUUAUAAAGCAUGGCAGACCCUUCUUAUAUGCCGAUGACUUGAAAGUAGUCUACUACAGUACCACCCAAGAACUGACAAACCUAUCUUAUAAAAUCCAAUCGGAUAUUGAUAAUAUUGAAACUUGGUGUAAGUCGUGGAUGAUGCAGAUCAACGUGCAGAAGUGUGGUCUGUUAUGCUCAACUCGUUUACGUAUCGCACCACGCAUAACUAUAUACGACAAGCCUAUCACUAUCUUCCCUUCUGUACUUGACCUCGGGCUCUGUUACUCUGCCGAUUUUAAAUUCUCUCUCUAUGUCACCAACCAAGUCUCUAAAGCCAGGAGAUUACUUGGAUUUAUAUUUCACAACUUUCAGACCAAAGAAUCUAAAAUGUUACUUUAUAGAACACACAUACGGCCCCUCCUUGAGUACUGUCCAUUUAUCCUAGACAGCACCUCUGUUAAGGACAAACUAAGGAUUGAAAGUGUUCAAAGGAGAUUUACAAGUAGAAUCUUAGGAACAAAUCUGAAAGUCCCCUACAACAGUCGUUGCGCGACUCUUAAGAUCGAACCCCUUUGGUUCAGGCGUCACCGACUUAACCUCAUUCUCCUAUUCAAAAUUCUCAAAGGAAUAGUAUACUUCCCCAAUAAUAACCUUAACUUUUCUUCUUCGACGUAUGAACUACGCAGCAACGGGUCUUCUCUAAGUCAUAUUCUUUGUCGAACGAAUUCUCGUUCCAACUUCUUUACAGUCAAAUAUAGGCAAAUAUGGAACUUCUUACCAAAUGAAAUCAAAAACAGCACCACAGUACAACGAUUCACCCAUCUACUACAUAAAUAUUUCUCCGAAAAUAGUCUUGACACGGUUUGCCACAUGCUGAAAAUUCGUGAUAUUGUUUCUUCCCACUCCGACUUAUGUACCUAAACAGCUUUGUUCACUCAAAGCAUUAACAGAUACGGUCAGUAUUAUCAGACAUAUUUAAAAUAUUCUACGUUGAGCUAAUUUCUGUUCUCAGUUCCUUUUUUUUAGUUGAUCAAAUUAUUUUUUAAGCAGACAUCAGGAAAUAUCCGCAAUCCUUUCAAGCAAACCUGGAGUGAAAUACACAGCCUGUCAUACUCGCCACGAAAGUUGCACUGAACCUAAAUGAACUACCCUGACACAUAUUCAGUCAUUCAAAUGCAUUUAAUCCCAGCUGCUGCCUGCCAAAUUAAUCUAGUAUUACGUAUUAUAUUAUAUAUUAUUAUAUUUACAUCUAUGUCUACGGAAAUCCCAGCCCUAAACUGGAUCGUUUAAAAAAAAAUCAGCUUAAAUACACUUUGAUUCAAUUAUUUGUUUUGCAAGCAUCAUCACAAAACAUCCGCAAUCUUUUCAAGCAAACCUGGAGUGAAAUACACAGCCUGUCAUACUCGCCACGAAAGUUGCACUGAACCUAAAUGAACUACCCUGACACAUAUUCAGUCAUUCAAAUGCAUUUAAUCUCAGCAGCUGACUGCCACUUUAUUCAAAAAUUAUAUUAUAUAAAAUUACAUUACGAUAUGCGUUUACAGAAAUCGAAGCUCUACACAGGAUCGUCUAAAAAUUCAGCUUAACUACACUGUGAGUCUCAAGUAUUAACGGAUUUUAUUUUACUGUUAUG